AUGUACUUAAUAUUUUGCAUAUUUUGGUGUUACUUUUGUUUGAGUACAUCAGCAUAUAAUAACAGUAUCAUCAAACUUGUAGACAAAGAAAUAAAAAAUGUAACAUUAUUAUCACAUAAAAUUCAGCAUAACAUCAUCAAAAAUAAAUGGAUUCAACAGGAACUAGAUCAUUUUAACGUUACUGAUACUAGGACAUGGAAACAGAGGUAUUUCAUAAAUCUUAAAUAUUAUAAAAUGGAUGGCCCAGUGUUUUUAAUGGUAGGAGGGAGAGAAGAAAUUUCACAAAAUUGGAUGGUCUCAAGAGCAUGGAUUGAAUACGCUCAAAUUUUUAAUGCAGCAUGUUUUUAUUUGGAACAUCGGUAUUAUGGAAUAAGCCACCCUACUGAGUAA